AUAAAUACACAAGCUUCCCAAGCAACUGAAGCAAAAAAGCACACACAACUUCAGUUCAGUACUCGUAGCUGCUUCUGCAUUUUUGCUCGAUCGAUUCAUCAGCCAUGGCGACUAAGCUGCUUGCUGCUGUGAUCACUGUGCUAGCUUUGCUGGGCCAUGUCAUGGGCCAAGGAGGGUACGGCCCAAGCCCAAGCCCAAGCCCGAGCCCGAGUUCGAGCGGCGGCGGGCUCGCCGUCGGCUACUACGACAGCGUCUGCCCCAACGCCGAGGAGAUCGUGAGGGGCGUCGUCAAGAACGCGGUGGCGCAGGACGCCGGCGUCGGAGCGGGGCUCAUCCGCUUGCUCUUCCACGACUGCUUCGUCCAGGGGUGUGAUGGCUCCGUCCUCCUCGACGCGACGGCGGCGAACACGCAGCCCGAGAAGCUGGCGCCGCCGAACCUGACGCUGCGGGGAUUCGAGGUGAUCGACGAGGCCAAGGCGGCGCUGGAGGCGGCGUGCCCGGGCGACGUCUCCUGCGCCGACGUCGUCGCCUUCGCCGCGCGCGACGCCACCGUGCUCCUCAGCGGCAGCGGGGUCGACUUCGCCAUGCCCGCGGGGCGGCUCGACGGGCGCGUGUCGCUCGCCAGCGAGGCGCUCGGCAUCCUCCCGCCGCCGACCUCCAACCUCAGCGCCCUCACCGCCAGCUUCGCCGCCAAGGGGCUCGGCGUCGGCGACCUCGUCGUGCUCUCCGGCGCGCACUCCGUCGGCAGGUCACACUGCUCCUCCUUCUCCGACCGCCUCAACUCGUCGUCGUCGUCGGGCUCCGACAUCAACCCGGCCCUCGCCGCCUCCCUGACGCAGCAGUGCAGCGCGAACGCGAGCAGCGGCGGCGGCGGCGACCCCACGGUGAUGCAGGACGCCGUGACGCCCGACGUGCUCGACAGGCAGUACUACACCAACGUGCUCAACGGCAGCGCGCUGUUCACGUCGGACGCGGCGCUGCUGACGUCGCUGGAGACGAAGGUGGCGGUGCUGGCGAACGCGAUCAUCCCGGGGCUGUGGGAGGGGAAGUUCAGGGCGGCGAUGGUGAGGAUGGCCGCCGUCGAGGUCAAGUCCGGCGCCGGCGGCGAGAUCAGGAAGAACUGCAGGGUCGUCAGCUAAUUAAUACAAUUGCAUAUAUCAAGCCAUAUGUUUAAUACAUGACUGAAAAAAAAACCAUUCAAUUACGAACUUAAAUUGAGCUGAAUUUAUACAUUGGUACAUGAUUUAAUUUAUUGAUUUAUACCAGAA